AUGGACUUUUUCACCUUUUUAAAGCUUCGAAAACUGAAUAAAUCCAAAGUCUCGAUGGCGGAGAGACGUUUAAUGGUUCAGAUGAUCGGUAACUCAACAUACUAUUUUUCGAACUAUUUUCUUUCAAGUCUGAUCACCAUUGUGCAAUAUCCAUUCUUUGGCUACUACUUAUCGACUGUGGCAUUGCAACUGAACUUUUUUAAUGUCAAAGUUGAGCUGCUCGACUUCGCCGAUGUGUUGCGACUCCUAAACAUUUGCAGCCAAAAGGUGCGGCAAAAGUUC